AUGUCUGAGGUGUGUGCAAAAUUUGAAGAGAAUCUAAGUGUUGCACUUGGGGCACUUCCCUUGUAGGAUUAACCUGCCUUUUUCAGGUUACUUUGUAACGGAAAAGUUUUGACACAGCACUUGACUGAACACGGUGUGUGAAUAUGCCUCUCUGAUUAUGUUGGUUGUGUUUUCUUGCCACUACAGUGCUCUUCACUCAAUAUUUUUUCGAUUUUUUUUUGUUGUGAGUAUUUCUUAUUUUUGUUUCUUUAUUUGUCAGCAAAACUUGUGUACGAUGGACGACCUUUCGUCCUGAAUCGUGAAACAGAAGAGUUUUGUUGUACUAGGUGGGUCAGAAAGUCUUGACAUGUCCUUGAACUGUGCUGUCGUCGCCGCAAAGUUGCUCUGAAAACGACAAAAAUCGGCAGGGCAGAAAUAUCUGUUUGUCGGGAAAAUAAUGAGCAAAAUGUCGCUGCGUUGAAUGCGCCGCUGAAGUGAAAAAGAAUUUGAUCUACUUCCUCAUUGUUUCCUUUUUUACUGUUGCCGGAAAUCCUUGAAACCCUUAGGCUUCUAAAUUAAUCCUCCAAAUUUAUUCAUCCUGCUGGAGUAAUGUCCUAUUUUCGGAAGUCUUUUUUGGAACAUGUUUUUUGAAAAAAAUUGAAGUGAAAGGGAGAAAGGGCGCUUGUAAAUAAAGGAUCAUAACGGAAGAAAUCAUUUAUAAAGAGAAAUAUCGAUUUAUCAGUCUGUCGGGAAAAUAAUGUACAGGGUGCGGCAAUUUUUCGGCCGGAAUUUAAUUGGCCAUAACUUUUUUAGUUUUUGGGCAAAUGUUAAAAUUCUUUUUUUCUCUGAAUCCAUAGACAACCCCAUUUUGUUUAAUACCAAAUAUGUUAUACCAGUUCAUUAGACUACAGUAAAAAUUCGAGACAAAGAAAAAGCUCUAAUUUUCAUAGCUGACAAUGGAAUUACCCCUAAUGCGACUCUCAGAUUUACUUUAAAUUUUGCACAUGGGCCGGACAUAGGCCACACAUCAAUUCCUGAAAGUUUCAGCCUGCACCUUUCAGGGGCGUCCAAGAUAUUCAACGAUUCUUUGCGGUCAGGAGGGCACAUGAGUGGUCACACAGAAAAACUUUUUUGCUAUAUCUUCGCUAGUUUUGUGCGGAGAUAGCUGAUUUUUUGUGGAAACGGUAUUCUCCAUGGCAUGAACCGGCAUGAAACUUUUUACGACAAAAUUCGUAAAAAAAGUCAUUUUUUCUGGCGAUUUUCACACACGCCGAAAAAACAUAGAAAACGACCGAAAUGCCAAUAACUAUGAACUAGGUCCCUGUAUAUGUAACAUAUUUGGUAUUAAACAAAAUGGGGUUGUCUGGGGAUUCAAGGAAAAAAAGAAUUUUAACAUUCGGAUAAAAACUAAAAAAGUUAUAGCCAAUUCAAAUCCGGCCGAAAAAUUGCCGCACCCUGUAUAUUUUUGGCGCUUUGGAAUCUCCCAUUAUCGCUUUGCGACGACUAACCGCGGCUGGGGAUUUUAAGACUGCAACGAGGCAAGACACUGUGCUUCGACAAACCCACAUUAUUUUUUCGACAGACCGAUAGUCUCUGAUUUCAAUUUGUCGGAAAAAUAAUGAGCGGAAUGUUGCUGCGGCAACCUCGUCACGAAAAUGAAAUGCCAUCUGAUUUUGCCUCGACACAAUUCAUUUCCUCGGCGGCGAUGCGAUAUUUGAUGCGACAGAGUGCUCAUUAUUUUCCCGACAAUCUGAAAAAAUUCACUGUUCUAUGUGCAGACAUGUGUGCAUUUUUAGUACUUGAAAAAUAUGCGAUAUUGGAUGACAUAUGCAUGUCAAGACUUUCUGAAUAGUAUUCUGUAUUGUAUCGUAACCUAUAUAUUUUGUUAACUCGUACAUCUACGUUAAAUCUCACUUAUUUUUCGACGUUGUAUUUAUUUUCAUUCCACGGCUUUAACGGAGAUUUCCACUUGUUUCUAUACAUUUUAUCGUAUUUUAUCAGUCUGUCGGGAAAAUAAUGAGCACUAUGUCGCUCCGUCUAUUGUGCCGCUGAAGUGAAAAGCAGUUUAAUUUUGUUGCGAUACAAUUCAUUUUCUCGGCGGCUAUGCGACUUUAGCUGCGACAUGCUCAUUAUUUUCCCGACAGACUGAUACAACAUACGAUGGGGCUUCUGUGGGACGAAGAAGCGUUGUUACGCCACGCUGAACUUUGGUAGCCUUCCACAGCGAAUAUUUUUUUCAAAUUUCUUGCGAUUCGUUUGACAGAAGCCCCAUUUUCGUUUUAUUUUUCGAUAUUGUGUUUGAUAUUUGUUGUUUGUAUAUUCCUCAGUUUGCGACAUAAUAAAUAAUAAUCAUCAUGACAUUUCUAAGCCGUUUUUUGAUCGAGAAACAAUGACAUUUUGGAUAAGAAGCAGUUUUUUACGACUUACGAGAGCGAAAAGACUUUAGACUUUGGUAUUUUUGUAGGAACGUUCAGUCAGCCCGAGAUCUACCCAUCGCGCGACGAGGACAAGGAGCUGGACGAGGAGGAGGAUCAGCCCGGCCCGUCCGGACUUCAGAAGACCGUCACUCGACAACAUCACACGGAUCCCGCGAUUACCGAGGCCGAGAACAGCGAUGUGGAAGAGGAGGAUGUGUAUUCGGAGUAUCUGCCGGCGUAUCAAAGCACCUCGCAUUCGGCGCGAGGAAGGGCUUCUUCGUCUGGCGGUGAGUUGGGUUGGAUUUUUGGAAGGGUUAUAGCAAGGGGCAGUGCAACCGUCGUAUUUUAAAAUAUCUGUUUUUACUAUGUUCUGAGCUAGGAUUUAGUAAGCAAAUAUUGCAAAAUUUAAUGGUAAUAUUAAGCUCAAUUAUUAAAGAUAAAGGAUAUACAUUACCCCAGGAAUUUGCCUGAAACCAGCAAAAAGGCGUAAAUUUACAAUUUUCCCCGUAGAAAAUCCCGGCCUGGCUUACAAAGCACAAAACAAAUCUCACAAAGAAGCCGUAAAAAAACUGGACGAACUUUGUAUCUUCUUUUGCAAAAUCUGUAGGUCACACACCAUACAUCAGUCUGUCGGGAAGAUAAUGUGGAUUUACGCCCUUUGGAAUCAUACAUUAUUACUUUGCGACGGCUAACCGCUGCUGAGGAUUUUGAGAGUGCGACGAGGCGAGAAAUUUUGCUGCGUCAAAUCCACAUUAUUUUUCAGACAGACCGAUACGUUUCGCAUAUCAAUCUGUCGGGAAAAUAUUGAGCAAAAGUGUCGCUGCUCCAGUCACGUCGGAGAAGAGAAAAGAAAUUUGAUUUUGCCGCGAUACAGUUAAUUUUCUUGUGCGAUUUUCGAUGCGACAGACUGCUCAUUAUUUUCCCGACAGACGGAUAAUAAAUAGCCGGAAUAUCUUCCCUUUUUUACCUUCUCUACCUCUCCUCCUACCAAAUCAUUCACCCGCAGACUUUUCAGGGCAACGCUUCCGGAAGCAGGAUUCGCGCGAGUUUGCCGACCUCACCGAACAACAUCGACUCUCCUCCUCUCUCGGCGAAGUCAUGCAAAGUCGUCCUGAUGACGAGUUCGAGGUCGAGAGGCGUCGCCUAUGUCUGACGACGCUUCAUGGAGGCGCUGAUUCCGUGGAGAGCACAAGAUCCCUCACAUAUUUGGAAUGGGUGCAUGAGAAGCAAACGAAGCGGAUGCGGACCCGCUCCGAGUGGUUUCUGUCGCCGGUGAUGCCGCAGAAGAACAACGGGAACUCCAAGUCGGUCGACUUUGAGACCACUCGGUUUACGGUAACCUCGACUUCGACUCGAGUGUCGCCGAUGCGCUUGAAAAUCCCGGACCAGGAAAUGAACUUGCUCAGCUCCAGCGAGGAGAUGAGAACGGUCUCCUCGCUGACUUCCAGCCACUCUCCGGCCUCAUCCGUCGAACAACAACAGCCCUCGCCGAUGCCGGUGGAUUCGGAUCAGGAGGAGAAGAAGGACAAAAUCGUGCCGCUGGCGCUCUCCGCAACCGGCGAAACAACCCCCCGACUGCCCUUUCAAAUGAUCCAACAUCAGAGCGGGGACGAUGAUGACGCGCCAAUCGUUGCCACGCCGCCAGCACGUCAACAACCUCCGGUUUUUUUCGCUGGUGAUGUUGAGGGCGCGCCGAAACUCAAAUCACAGAAUUCCAGCUCGUCCAGCUCGAAUCAGUCGCAGAGCAGUAUAAUACAUCAGAGUCCGGCGAGUACGACGGCUCCGCCCGGCUUGAGCCGGGUCAGUUCGAUGGGGGUGGUGAGGAGAAAGUCGUGGAGAACGCAUUAUGUGAGACCGAAUAAAAGUCUGGAUCAGGAGGGCACUCCGAAAGAGGUGAGUGAGAUUUACUGUAAGGGCUGUAAGGGCCUUUGAAUAAGGGCUAUAGAGGAGAUCUACUCUUGUAAAAUACGACGGAGCAAGUAUUGUAUUUUAAUAAGUCUAAAAUUGCUCGAAAGAAGGCUAAAAAUUGUACAGGGUAUCCCAAUAUCAGUCUGUCGGGAAAACAAUGAGCAUUGCGCUAGUCGCAUCGUUGAAGUGAAAAGUAAUCUGAUUUUGCUGCGAUACAACUCGCUUUCUCAGCGGCAAUACGAUUUUUUAUGAGACAGCUUUUUCAUUAUUUUCCCGACAGACUGAUAAGGGGCCGCCGGUCAAGCUAAAAUAAACGUUUUUCAACAACAUUUUUUUGAGACCAGAUCGGGAAAGGAUCGUUUUUUUUUGUAGAUAGACAGUAAACCUGACUUUUCAUAGAGUAUGUGAGACUUUAUUGAGUAUGUAGGACCUGAUACAGUGGGAGACCUGAUCCAGUGGCAAAAAACGUACCAUUUUGCAUCCGGGAAGUAUCAAAAAUGUGGCAAAAUGCUUCGCUUUCCAAGUGAAAAAACUCCGAUUUCAAAAGCGCGACCGCUCUUUUUGUGAAGGGCCCUUCAAAACGAAGUUUUUCUCACUUGGAGAGGAAAGCAUUUUGCCACAUUUUUGAUCCUUUCCGGAUGCAAAAUGGUACGUUUUUUGCCACUGGAUCAGGUCCCCCACUGUAGCCCGCUAAAGAUCAGAGUAACUAAAUCUAGAGCCAUUUUAUUCACAGUAAUUUUUCAGAAAGACGUCACGGAGACCUCCCACUCGACUCCGAUCCGCUAUCCCUCCUCUACCUCGAUGCGACGAGCAUCGGCAACGGAAGCCGAAACUCCCGAGCCGUCCAAGAUCCUGAUCCGUCGCAAGUCCUCCGGCUCCAGCGUCAAGUCCAAGGUCCCGAUCCAGGCGCGCAAAUCCACUCAGAUCUGA